AUGGUCCAAGCUGACACAGUGAAUGGGGUCUGCAGCACAACCACAAUCCCAACCAUGCAGUGGGCACAGCUGUUUUCGAAACAAGGCUCAACUAUAAGCUAUACCCAGAUCCCAGUGCGAUCAAUUUCCCCCGAUGAGAUCCUUGUGCAAAUCAGAUAUUUAGGCGUAUGUCACAGUGAUCUGCACGCUUGGAAAGGAGCCUGGCCCGUUGAGACCAAAGAAACUCUGGUUGGUGGUCACGAAGGCGCUGGAGUGGUUGUGGCACGAGGGGACAACGUUAAUCGAGUAUCUGUUGGAGAUCAAGUUGGGGUACCGGUAAUUCUCGUGUUGGAGACUUUUCACCCCCAGUUGACACCUAUACUAAGAUGCCUAGUGGAUCAAUGA